AUGCAACCCAACUUCAUGCCAAAUGGAGCCCUUUCAAAUUGGGCUCUGCCGCGCAAUACCCUGCCAGAUGGAGCUCCGCCGCACGGCGACAUCUCAAACAGCGCGACGCCAGGCAUGAUGGGUCAACAGAUAGACUGCUUCGGGGUUGCACAGGAUCUAACAGGGGCGCCGUUGCUCAACUCCCCAAACAACCCCCAACAGGCUUCCAUGGAGUUUUCAUCAGAGGGCUUCGAUAGCAGCGACUACAGCAGGUCCAAUUCGUUCGACAUGGCCAUGGCCGACGGCAACAUCUCAGGCAUGGCACCUCCGUGCGGGCCCAUGCAAGCGCCACCGAUCCAGUUCGCCUUUCAACAUGCACCACCAGCUCCUUACCCGGUGGCCCCCAGACCUGGCCAUGGCCUGGUCGCUCGCAACCAUCGCAACAACCGCAACCGGUACGCACCAGCCCAAUAUGGGGGCCAGACCUCAUCGUCAUCACCAGAGCUAGACUCGGCCGCAGAAUUAGGCAGACCCUUGACGGAAGAAGAGCAGCGCCGUGUCUGGCGACGCGCCAGUCAUAACGUUGUCGAGAAACGGUACCGGAAAAAACUCAACGCCAGAUACGACGCGCUUGAGGCCGCUAUCAAGGAGUCGCAGUGUUCAUUCCCGGUCGCGGGAGGCUGCUGUCCAGGCUCGGCCGGUAAAGCGCACGCGGAAAUGGCACCGACAAAGCUCGAAAAGGAGGAAGAUACAUUACCUCUGGCAGAGACGAAGCCGCGUCGCGCGCAGUCUUCACCCUCCAAGGCGGAGGUAAUCGUGGGCGCAAUUGAGCGUUUACACCAAUUGGUAGACGAGGUCCAUAUGUUGAAGAUGAAGUUGGCGAUGCCCGAGGCUUCCCAUGUUGCAGGCUCGCAGCAGACACUUGAUGAGCUUGACGGUGUACACGCCGACGAAAAUACGAAUGUACAGGAUACUGGCAAGGAUGUUAAAAUGGAGGUCUGAUACCCCGAUACAUUAUGCCCGGUCUUAUGCAGUUCCUCUCACACCUUUUCUGAUCUCACUCAUUCUUUUCUUUCCUAUGCCCCUAAAUUGGAUUAACUCUUGGGCCUGUUGCUCCAUUGUAUUUUCAUAUUGUUACUCUUUGUUGGACUUUUGUUGGACUUUUGUUGGACCUUUGUUGGACUCGUUGAGGCUGGUGUUGCUUGGUAAUUCUCUAGGGCCCAGGUUGUUAUGGAAGGCCAUGCUAUCUAAUGGUAUGAAAUGCAGCGUUCGUUAACAUUAACAUUAUUUGAGCGUU